AUGGUCUGUGUUGCCACUUGCUGCCACCAUCGCUGUGACAUUCACAGCUACGUCAACAGGCCGUUUCUGGAAGGCUUGGGCCUGUGCGACUCGGCCCAGGAUUUUGCGCAGUUCGUCUCCACCGCCGGCUGGGCCGUGGGCGGCUUCAACCGCUCGGAUUCAACUUUAGCGCGUCGAGUGCACGACCUGGAGAAGCGAAAGGUGGGAAUGAUGGCCAAGCGGAUCUUGGAUCUGGGGCGCGUGGCUUGGCUACGGCAGGAGCUUCAGCUUCCAGACGCCACGCUGAUGGAUUACAUCAGCAAGGCUGUGACCCCGGAGAACAUGGUCAUCGUGGCGCCAGUGAGAUCAGGUGUCUCGCGCAGCUGGAAAUGUUUGGCCUGGUGCUGUGGCUAG